UUGGAAAGCGAGCGUGCUCUGAAGCAGUGCUGGCUGCGCGUCAGAAGCGCGUGCUCGUGCGCCGCUCCCGCCUCUUCCAGCUCCUCUAGAGCGCAAAACGGCAGGAGGAUGAUGGCGGAAGACAAGCAUCCUUGUUGAGUUACGACGGGUUACGACGUAGACGGUAUUUUAGUACUACGGACAGUCGCGAACGGUCUCUUCGGCGGCUUUGAAUAAAACAGGCUAUGGGGAACGAAGCCAGCCUGGAAGGCGGGGAGGUAGGGGUCGCGGGAGCUCCCGUAUCCGUUUCAGCAUCACCGAGCUCCGCUCAGCACAUCAAGCCUGUGAAUGGCGCUGCGCCUGGUGGUGGAGCAACUCUGGGAACGGGGUCGCCCAUGAACAGGCUGUCUGGAGCACCUCAAACUGCCAAAACAAGCUAUGGUCCUACAGGUGGCAUAGGGACAGGUGGGGGCCUGGGUACAGGUGGCAUGGGAGGAAUGGCAGGACGAGGAGACACCUACAGGCUGGCAACACAUGAGAGCCCCAGACCCUCUUCAACCCCUCCAUUACAGACUCACUCAUCCUCCCAAAGCAAAAGUGCAGACCAGGGUCCUGGGCAGCAUGCCUCUAGACGGAACCUUCAGGUGGACUUCAGCAGCAGCACUACAGGGCGAUCAGGUCGAUCCCCAUCUGUAUCUCCUGACCGGGGCAGCACACCCAGCUCACCUUACUCUGUGCCACAAAUAGCACCCAUGCCCAGCAGCAGUAAGCUGUGCCCAAUCUGUAACACCACAGAGCUGACCAAUGCUGAUGGAACACCCAACUUUAACAAGUGUACCCAGUGUCGUACCACUGUAUGCAACCAGUGUGGCUUCAAUCCCAACCCUCACCUCACAGAGGUCCAGGAGUGGCUUUGUCUGAACUGUCAGAUGCAGAGAGCAUUAGGAAUGGACAUGACAACUCCACGCUCCAAGAGUCAGCAGCAGAUUCACUCUUCUACCCACCAGUCAAAACCAGACUUGAUUAUUCCACCGCAUUCCCAGCCUUCUGCUCAGCCCAAAUCUCAAACACAACACCAAACCCAGCCACAUUCCAAAAUACAACCACAGACUCAAAGCCAGGCCUCAGUUGGCCCUCAGAUCCAGAGAGGAUCUACUGACUCUUACAAGACUGGACUUCAAAAUAUAGGCCCUGCAGUUGAAAGUGAACCCUCACAAAUUGGAUCUCAAGGAAUGCAAUCACGAACCCAGGGACAGAAUGUAGAGUUUGGGCAGAAAAGCCCAAGCAGACCAUUCCAAACUGGCCCACGGAUCCCCCACCCAGGUGCAGUGCCCUUACCAGGACUGACAAAGGCGCCAUCCCAGCCAGAUCUUCGCCAUGCAUCUCCAGUUCAUCAGAGACGAUCAGAGCAGAUCAAAAGUGCUGGGAGUUCUCCAGCUCGCCGUCCUUCCUCUGUUCAUGAGACCCCUCCUCAGGAUGGUCUUACCAAGCUGUUUGGUUUUGGGGCAUCAUUGCUAAAUCAGGCUAGCACACUUAUCUCAGUUGAUCCACUUCCUGGGGGUGGUACCUCAGCGCAUUCCUCACCUAUUAGGCAACAAGGUGCCCAGGGUGCCAAGGUGGUCUUUAGUGAUGCUAAUGCUAAAGCAGGUGCAACCAAACCGGGAAUGGGAGAAACUAUGUUUUCACCAGGCACUCACGCCCCUUUACAAAAACAGCCUUUGCAGCAGCCACAGUCAACAGCACAUCAUCAAAAAGCAUCACAAUUGCCAGCAAAUCAACAAAAGGGGCCACAGCAGCAGUCACUGGGACUUCAACAAAAGGGGCCACAGCAGCAGUCACCAGCACAUCAACAAAAGGGGCCACAGCAGCAGUCACCUGCACAUCAACAAAAAGGACCACAGCAGCAGUCACCGGCCCAUCAACAAAAGGGGCCACAGUCACCGGCACAUCAACAAAAGGGGCCACAGCAGCAGUCACUGGCACAUCAACAAAAGGCACCACAGUCAUCGGUAAAAGAGCCUCAAAAGCCCAAAGUCAACUGCCCCUUGUGUAAUACGGAGCUUAAUAUGGGAUCUAAUGAGCCCCCAAACUACAACUCCUGCACUCAGUGUCAUACACAGGUCUGCAAUAUGUGCGGCUUCAACCCAGCACCCCAUCUUGUAGAGAAAAAGGAAUGGCUUUGUCUGAACUGUCAGACCCAGCGUCUGAUGUCUGGAGGGCUUGAUGACACACCUCUUUCAGUUCCUUAUUCAUCACCAAAGCACCAGCCAAUGGGGUCUCCCCGGCAUCAAGUACUGGCCAGUCAGCAACCACCUCAGCAGCCACAUUUUCAGAAAGUCUCCAAUAAUCAGCAGACAGGGACAAGGACAAUGGCACCACAGCAGAAAGCCCAAGGAGCUGGACCUGUUCUCUCCACUGAAGCCAAACCCCUCAAACAGUCCUCUACAGCUCCUACUUCAACUACUGUAUCUGUUAGUGAAACACAAAGGAAGAACAAAACCAUACCAAAACUGGAAAAUGAAACUGAGCAUGUCUCAGCUGUACAUGUUGAAACUAAAUCUACUCAUAAAAAAGGAACAACAGAACCAAUUCUGACCAACACUGCAAUGAAGGAUGAAAAAAAGGACUUGCAGAGGUCCAGAUAUUAUGAGGAUACAAACAAAACAAACAGUACCCAUGACCUAUCCCGAAGCCCUCAGAGUCUAAGUGAUACAGGCUACUCCUCAGAUGGAAUAUCAAGCUCACAUAGUGAGAUUAAUGGCCUCAUUCAGGAGGAGGAGAUAAAAUUAAGUGAGCAGGGCAUGUCUGGGCAUGUAACACCACCAAGCCCAUCUGAGAUUACAAAACUAGAGAGCUCCAUGCGACCUCUUCUGGAGUCUAAAGUUUUAUCAGAAGGAGAGAAAACAUGGGACAGAGAGCAUGGGAGAGACAGAAAACACAGAUCCCAGUCAUUAUCCAUCAGUCCAGAUGAAUAUGACUCAGAUGAGGAUCUAGAGGAUAUAAUGGAAGAGGAAGAGGACACAGCUGACUGGGAGGCCAAACGAGGGCUUAGAGCAAUGGCUGAUUCAGGAAAAGAAAAAAAGAAAAAGGCAGAACGUGCCGAGAUCACUGAUGAAGAGUUCAUGCGAAGGCAAAUCAUGGAGAUGAGUGCAGAUGAAGAAAAUGAAGAUGAAGAAGAGGAAGAGAUGGAGGAUGAGGAUGAGGAAGAUGAUGAUGAGGGUUAUGGUUACCAAAAGACUAAAAAGAUACACAAGCACACCAGUGACUCAGUUAAAGAAAAGCGUCGUCUUACUCACCAUUCAAGCAGUUUUGAGGAAGAGAGCAAAACAAGUAGUGAAAUCUAUAAAGGCUCAGCUGAGGAAGGGGAGGAGGAGCUAAUUGGCUCACAAGGAGGCUUACGGAGAUUUAAGACAAUAGAGCUGAACAACACCAGCAGCUAUAGUCGAGACAUUGAGCUGAGCAAUGAAAAUGACUUGAGUAUGGACAGAGAGCCUGAACUUGAAAUGGAAAGCCUUACAGAUUCCCCAGAAGAGCGCUCAAGAGGGGAGUAUUCCUCCACUAUCCCACCCACCACCUCUAGCUACAACUCAGGUACAUCGCCUACGUCUAUUUCCUCAAUGGAAGAUGACAGUGACAGCAGUCCAAGCAGGAGACAACGCCUUGAGGAGGCUAAGCAACAGAGAAAAGCCAGACACCGGUCCCAUGGUCCACUUCUUCCCACCAUAGAGGACUCCUCAGAAGAAGAUGAGCUGAGAGAGGAGGAGGAACUUCUGAGGGAACAAGAAAAAAUGCGAGAAGUGGAGCAACAGAGAAUUCGAAGCACUGCUCGUAAAACUAAACGGGAUAAAGAAGAGCUACGGGCACAAAGGCGAAGAGAAAGAUCCAAGACUCCUCCCAGUAACUUAUCUCCCAUUGAAGAUGCCUCCCCAACAGAGGAGCUGAGACAAGCUGCUGAAAUGGAGGAACUUCAUCGCUCCUCUUGCUCAGAAUACUCACCAUCUAUUGAUUCAGAGGCUGAGGGCUUUGAAAUAUCAUCUAAGCUCUACAAGUCUGGAAGUGAGUAUAACCUGCCUACAUUCAUGUCACUUUAUUCGCCUACUGAAAAGCCAGAGACUACAUCUUAUACUACCAUUGCAACUACCUCAAGUGGCAAACCCCUAAAGAGUGCAGAAGAAGUCUAUGAAGAAAUGAUGAGAAAAGCAGAGAUGCUACAGAAACAACAAAAACAGCAACAACAGCAGUCUUGUUUAUCACAGCCAUAUAGCACUAGUGCCUACCAAGAUGAGGACAGAAGUAAUGAGCAGCAGUAUGAUGAUAUGUAUGAAUAUACUGAUCAAGAUGAUACUAUCUAUGACAAUGUGGAUACAAAUGACAUUUAUGAGGAAAUUCGCCAGACCUCACAAAACAUUACCAAACAGUUGGAUGAUCAAUUGGAAAUUGAUGUGUCUUAUACAGAUAAACAACUGCUAGACACAGGAUCAGCCUUUGCUAAACUCCUAGAGCAAAGCAAUGCCCUUCUGACCCCUGGCACAAGUCCAACACAGCUCUCAGCCCCUGUGUCAUUCUCUGAAACAGGAACAGGAGGACGAAUACCUGAUGUUAGAGUAACUCAACACUUCUCCAAAGAUGGGCAUAAGGAUAGACUGAGAGGUCCCGCUGGCAAACAUGUCAUCAUACCUGCUACCACUAUAACUGCAUAUGGAGUAUAUGCCAGGGAUACUGUCUCUCAAACAACUACCAGUCAAACAAUGACAACAAUGCAGUCCACUCUGUAUGACCACCAGACAGACAACACUGUUACAGCAACCACCAGCAUCUUAAGUGUGUCUAGCAAAAUAGCUGAAAUCACUCAGGCUUAUGGUCAACGAGAGGGAAAAAGGCCAUCGGACAGAGUCCACUUAAGAGACAAUGCCACUCCACCUGAGUCUGUAACUGAAGCACGCACUUCUAAAGCCUAUGCAUACUACAAAGAGAGUCCACCCCUUUCACCUACUUCAUCUCCUGCUUAUAGUCCAUCUCGAUCUCCUAACAGGAAAACAGCUGAAUUUUCAACUCAAACAUUUGGCCCCUCAGAGGCUUCUGGCCCUUUCUCUCCUGUAAUGGCACAGGCCACUCAGACACCUCAUAGGACUUUUUCAUCACGUCUUUUUAGACAGCAGUCUUCUCAGGAUGGUUCUUUUAUGGUGAUAACUAUUGGAUCUGAGCCCACCAGCCCGUCAAAGCCAGUAACUGUUAACACUGCCACCUCUCCCUUGUCCUCACCGACCAACUUUAGUUACCAGUCAAAUUAUGAAUUUUAUUCUUCACCUGUAAGCCCUCCAGACACACCGCCACAACAACAGUCACCGAGGCAUGGUUUCUAUGGAACCCAUAAAAUUGAGAGAGUUAAUGUUGGGACAAGCAUGGUAACUGCUGCAAGCACGUACAGUCGUGGCUCACUUUCAAUGGAAAACAUAUCUUUGUGUCGUAUUUCCACAGUACCUGGAACAUCAAGAGUUGAGCAAGGACACAAGCUACAUAGUGCAAGUGUUACAGACCUAAGAACUGCUAUUAGGUCAUCUCCAAUUAUUAUGACAGAUCAGGGACUGGACCUGACUUCAUUGGCCACUGAGGCACAAAAGUACUCGGGUAAUACUGAAGGGAGCCAUUCCACAACUAUCCAACCUCUUAUAAUGAACUUGCAGGCCCAGGAACAGACACAUGUGGUUGUCUCAACAGCCACAACAGUUAGUGUAACUGUUGCUGCCUCAAUGUUUAUAUCUCAACCCAAGCAUCCUAUGGCUUAUGGUGAUCCCCUUCAAAACAGAACUGAUUUGAGCCAGGGCAUGGGAACAGUGGUAUGUCUUCUACAGAACAAACAACCACCAGUUGACCCAUCUAUACCAAAUAUUGAUGCCAAGCUGGAAGAUCUAAGUUUUCAGCAGCAGCAGUUACUUAAGCAGCAGCAGAAGCUCCAGCAGCAACAAAAUCUCUUAGAGCAGCAACUUCAUCAACACCAUCAGCUUCAACAUCAGCAAGCUGCAUCAUUUGGAAAACUUAACCUAUCUACUCAGUUGCCACUAUUAAAGAAAGACCUAAUUGUUAGUCAGACAAGUUCUGCUCCUAUGGUCAGUGCAGUAUCCCCAUCUGUUAACACUGAUAUGUUUAACAUUGGUGGAUCAUUGGAGUUAAGGGCUAAGCCAAUAGAACCUGGUGCUGUAAACCUGGUAAAUGUCCAACCUCAAGUUAUGAUGGUCCAAGCAGAUGGUACACAAGGAUCACAUCUAACCCACCUUAUCAAAGCAAAGGAAGGGCAUGGUAUUAUAGAUCCUACAGAGCAAAUCAAGAAAGAGAAUCAAGUGGCUUGCUGUGAUGUAGUUUAUAACUUGCCGUUUAGUGGCAGCUGUGUGGGUGGUCCAUUUUCUCAAAAGCCAAUAGCAGAUGAGACAAUUGUUAGUGAGCCUUCACAGUUUUCUUCUGCACCACCACAACUCUAUCAACCAACAGAGUCUCGACAAGAGAAACAACAAUAUCAAGAUUUUGCAUCAAAAUCAUACACACUCCCUUUCUCUGGUCAGCUGCAGCCAUCCUUGUCUGAGACCAAUCUUGCAGAUGUAGGUUUCCAGCCUUAUCAAUCAAAGCCUGACACACACUUAAAAUCCUCUGGAGAAUUGACUAUGGAUUUAGUUAAGCAUGGCUAUGAAGGAGGAUAUCUUGGAUUAGGACUGCAAUAUGGCUCUUACACUGAUCUUCGGCAAGGUGAUGUGGCAGCUGCACCAUUACCUAUAAGAAGAUACAGUUCUCUGUCCAAUAUCAGUUCAGAUUAUGGAUACUCUUCACGUGACCUUGCUAGUUUCCAGGAGUCUAACCUUGCCCAGUAUAGUGCAACUACUGCUAGAGAGAUUAGUAGAAUGUGUGCAGCCCUGAAUUCAAUGGAUAGAUAUGGCAGCAACCCUGAUCUUCUACAGUUAGGUGCUGGACGAGUUGUUGGUCCACCUGGUAGAACAAGUUUGCAGCAAAGUUUUAGACCAAGCUUUAUGUAUGGCCAAGAUGGAAAGCCUCUUUCUCAAGCUCUUACUAGCCUAAUCAAUGCAAGACAAGCCAGCCUUAGAGCAAUGUAUCCAUCAGCUAUUAGGUCAGCUGAUGGUAUGACAUAUUCAACUAUUAACACACCUAUUGCAUCCACUGUGCCAAUCACAACACAGCCAGCAUCUGUGCUGCAUCCGUUAUUGAGAGGUGUUUAUAGACCAUAUAUAACACCAAAUAUGACACCAGUUCCUCUGGCUAGCCUCAACAGAAUGCCUUUGGCCCCCAGAAUGCCUCUUACAGGACAGGCACCUUACCAUUUCCCAACCCCCAGUAGUCCUUCUGUUUCAACUUCUGUUUCUACAAAUGUUCCGGUUGCAAUCACAAAAGAGCAAGAGGCACCUCUAUAUCUUGGAAAGUCUCCAGUAAGCUCUUCAGCUCCUUGGACGUCUGCAACACUAACUUCUACUGUUCAAAGCUGCCCAACCUCAACAAAUUUUGGAUUAACACAAGUGGCUUUGCCAGAAAGCCAAUCACAAUUUCAGCAACAACCAUUAAACCUUUCUCAAUCCCACUUUCACACUCAGUCUUCCACUUACAGUGAACUAUCAAAACAGGCACCUGCAACCACUGCAACAACUUAUGAACGACCUCUACAAGAAAUUGAUACAGAAGAAGACAGGCUGCAUCGUCAACAGGAACAGUUAUUAAAGUUUGAAAGAGAGAGAAUAGAGCUUGAAAAAUUAAGACAACUGAGGGUUCAGGAGGAACUUGAGAUGGAACGAGCAGAAUUGCAACGUCACAGGGAAAAAGAGCAUAUGUUAGUACAAAAAGAAAUUCUGGAGCUGCAGACCAUUAAACAGCAUGUUUUACAUCAGCAGCAGGCUGAAAGAGAAAACCAACUUGUCCUGCAGAGAGAACAACUUGCUCAGCAGAAACAGCAGCUUGAUCAGAUACAGUCACUGCAGCAACAGCUUCAGCAGCAUCUUAAGGAGCAAAAGAGACAAAAAACUGCUGCUUUUACUUCUCAACUUGUCUGUGACCAAACUGGCAGAAUUAUUCAGUCACAAGAGCUGCCAUCAGAUAUGCAAUAUGGUGAAAUUCAAGUGUCUUCCAGGUCCCUGCCCAACUCUUCAUCGGAGAUGUGCUUAAGGAAUAACGAGGGGCAAACAGAUCAUAGGUCUAUGCGGAAACAAAGAUCAAUGCCUCGUCUGCAGGAUGGUAUUGAGGGAGAGGUAACAAUGUUUUCCUUGCCCAGUAGGAUUGUAGACAGCAGUGUGCAAACAGAUGAUGAAGAUGAAGGAGAAAGAUACCUUAUGUCCAGGAGAAGAAGGACUAGGCGUAGUGUAGAUUGCAGUGUUCAGACUGAUGAUGACGAAGAUAAAGUCGAGUGGGAGCAGCCUGUCAGACGAAGACGUUCACGGUUCUCUAGGCACUCAGAAUCUGGGGCUGAUUCUAAAACUGAAACUCCAACGUUAGCUGCAGCUCCCAAAGUAACAUAUUCCAGUAUUGCCAUCCAAACUAUUCAGGACUGCUCUUGCCAAACAGAGACAGAACAGCUAGGGAAAACCUUCCCAGCAAUACAUGUUACUGUGCCAGACCCCAACAAAGUGGAGAUUGUCCACUACAUUUCUGGUCCAGAGAGAACCCAAAAAGGGCAAAGCUUAGCUUGUCAGACAGAACCUGAGUCCCAGUCUCAGGGUGUGGUAGUGCCACAAAUUGUGACCACCACAAUUAGCCCAUAUUCCAACAGUGCACUUGUGGCAUCAGCAGAUCCACUAGUCUCUCGUCAACAGAAUGUCUCAAAGUUUGAAAAACGGAAGCCAGAUCCUUUGGACAUUGGAUACCAGCAGCACCAUUUGCACAAUGAGUCGCUGUCCAGUGUGAUUCGGCAACCACCCAAAUCUCCUCAGGUGCUGUAUUCUCCUGUAUCUCCUCUGUCUUCACCACAUCGUAUUAUAGAGACAUCAUUCUCAUCUAGCGAGAGGCUAAAUAAAGCCCAUGUUACUCCACAGCAGAAAUCCUAUACAACUGAGUCAGCACAAAGACAUCAGAGCUUACCUCGGCCAAUGAAGAAUGUUCAGCGAUCUUUGUCAGAUCCCAAACCCCUCAGUCCCACAUUUGAUGAGCAAACCAAGGCUAGAAUAUCUCUUUACCAGCAGCAAGCACUUCAGAGUCAGUUAAUGGCACUUCAACAGAGCUCCCUCCUGAGAAAGGUUAAAAGAACACUGCCAAGCCCCCCACCUGAGGAAACUCAACUAUCAAUGGUAACCCCUGCCCUGCCCCAGAUGUAUGUGCCCUCAAUGCCCUCCUUGAAGACUGCUUCCCGUCCAGGCCUAGCAGCCAAGGCCAGUCUCCUGAAGGACCUGACCCAUGAAUUAAAGGCUGUUGAGCAGGAAUCUACUAAACUUCGAAAACAACAGGCUGAAUUGGAAGAGGAGGAAAAAGAGAUUGAUGCCAAACUUCGAUACCUAGAACUGGGUAUCACACAGAGAAAGGAAACUUUGGUGAAAGAUAGAGAAAGGAGAGAGCUGACAUAUCUGCGCUGUAUGGGUGACACACGAGACUACAUGUCAGAUUCUGAAUUAAACAACCUUAGACUGGCAGCUGUAGCCACAUCUGAAAACAAUGGGCUACUGACAAGACCAAGCACAGCACCUCUUAGCCAGUUUACCAGUGAACCGGACUAUACUGCUGCACAGUUUCCAUCUACGUCGUCUUUUAUGUCCUACCAGUACCCACAGAGUCAAUCAACUGCAAACGCCCCCCAGGCCUCUACAUUCCAGAGCACGGGAUUCAACCAGCCUCCCUAUCCUACAAUCUCCCAGGCCCAAGCUCUACCUCAGCCCACACCCCUGCAUACCCAUCAUCAUACCCCCUCUUAUCAGGCUCAAGGGACCUUUCCACCUCAAGGCUUCCCACCAAGCCAACCACCAUACCCAACAGAUCAUAGCGUACUACCUUCUUCUCAGCCAAGCCAUCCAGGAUUUCAUCCUUCUCAACCACCUGUUGGUCAAACUCCCUACCCAACCCACACUACACCAUACCCGAGCCAGACACCACCCUACCCGGUCAGUCAGGCAAGUACCUACCAGCCACUGGCAGAUAUACUAACUGUCCAUCAUAGGCCACGUCAGACUUCACUGGCUGACCUUGAACACAAGAUGCCCACUAACUAUGAGGUUAUAAGCAAUCCUACUGUUGUAGUAACAACCACAGUCCAGGAUUCUACAUAUAGCCAGUCUGGGUUAGUUCCAUCUUUUGGACAGUUUACCACAAGCAUGGCAAACAUGUACGGACCAUACUCAACCUCAGUUUCAAGUACUUAUGGUGGCUACCCAACUACCACAGCAAGUUCAUAUGGCUCAUAUACAACAACUUCAGCAAGUAGCUAUGGACAUUAUACUACAACUAUAGCUAAUACAUAUGGGUACACAACAACUACUGCCAGUUCUUAUGGACAGUAUACCACCACAAUUGCUAACACAUAUGGGCAGACAAUGCUGUCUGACCAUCUGCACUCAGUAGACAGCUCCUCUGCUUAUAAUGGAGAUAGCAUUUAUGGUUCUUCCAGUGUGGAGCAGAAUGUUCCAAGGAACUAUGUAAUGAUUGAUGAUAUAAGUGAACUUACCAAAGAGGGCAUGGGCACCACCUCAGACCCACACCGCAGUGAGGGCUAUGGGCGCCAUGGGGGUGAUGGACUGCACACACGAGGGGGGAGCUCCUACGGCAGACCAGAGGAUGAGCGUGAUGCAGAGAUGUACGAUCAUCACCAUGGCAGGGGUAAGAGCACUGGCAGCUACCAAGCACGAGGGCGAGAUACGCAUGGCCGGGUAGUGGGCAGCAGUAGUAUGGGUGGGGGAUCCACAUAUUACUGUGAUGACUACAAGUACUCAACAACCACAAAGACAACCCAGAGGAACCCCAUAAAAAACUUGACCUCAUCUAUCAUUUCUUCAAAGAGAAGCAAGCAUCGUAAGCAAGGCUUAGAGCAAAAGAUCUCCAGGUUCUCCCCAAUAGAGGAAGCUCGUGAUGUGGAGGCUGAUCUGGCCUCAUACACCAUGAGCACCUCUACUACAAGUGGUUAUGGCACAAGUUCGCGCUCACGAAAACUUCAAGACGAAAUUUGUGGGCUGAGACAGACUACAUAUGACCCACAUCGGGGCUACUAUGAUGAUGAACAUUUCUAUGGCUAUGGCAGGUCCCGCUCAGCUGGUUAUGGCAUGGAUAAGAUUUCUCAGGAGACGGGCUAUCGGAGCAGGUCUUAUGAACCGGACUAUACAGACCGAUCAUACAGGAGUAGCUAUGGCCGCAGCAGAUCUCAGUAUUCUGAAGAGGAAAGCCCAAUUAGUCCACUGGGAAAAUUCAUGGCCAGUAGGCAUACCUACUAUCAUCCAUCUCAUUCAUAUGGUUCAAGUCACUCUCUCCCCGAUGUACAGGACCAUAUUCGAGAUUUGCCACGGACCAUUGUCUACAAACCAGAUGAUAUGUACAUUAUAGACGAUAUGUGUUGCGCUAUGUCUGACAGUGAAGCCUACCAUCUCGGACAGGAGGAGACUGAUUGGUUUGAGAAGCCCCGAGAUGCUCGUGGUUCCCGUCACUAUAGCAGUAGCCAUACCUCCUCUGGAAGGCGUGGUCACGUCAAACACACAUACCAUGACUAUGAUGAACCUCCAGAAGAAGACCUUUGGCCACAAGAUGAAUAUGGCCAUUCACGUCACACAUCUUCUAGAGAGCAUCGUCACCAUGGUAGUGGAGGUUCUGGCAGACACUCUACUUCCCGCCACUCUGAUGAGCCUCGAUCAUCUAGAUCAUCUCGCUCCUCAAAGGACCCAACCAUGCGGCAUGAUUCACGAUCCUUGUCCUCUACUUCAGGAAAGGGAGGAGAUUCUCGCUCUCAGGGCUACCACUCUUCUGAUUACUCCCGUGACCCCUCAGGCCACCACCAUAGUUCACGCCCUGGGAAACAGUCCUCCCAUCACCAAGUUUCUUCCAGCAGAAAGCAGCAGGAUCCCCAAGGCCAUAUAUCAUCCUCUAGACAGCUGGGCUCAGCUGGUUUAGGGCAGAGAGGUUCUGGUGGACCUUCAAGCUCAAGCAGACAGCCUGCCUCUCAUCAGCUAGCUGAUGCACAGCAAAGUCAACGAACCCAGCUACAACAGCAGGCACAGACAUCAGCAGCUAGACCAGGACAGCAGACACCUACAGUGGGUGCUGUGCAGCCACAGCCAACGCAAGCCCAGCAACUCCAAGCUAAACCUGGCCAAACUGGUCCUGCAGCACGGGUUCCUACUGCAGGAGUACAGCCACCACCUGCUGCUACUAAGCCUGAACCUGUUGCUGCUCCAGUCACUGCUAUUGGAGCAAAAGCUGCCACACAACAACCUCCAAAAGCAGCCCAGCCACCGCUCACAGGAAUAGGCUCUAAGGCUGCUCCGAGACCUGGUGGAAUUGGCAGUGCUGCAGCAGGUCAGUCUGGUUUGGAAGGAGAAAGUGUGCUGUCUAAGAUUCUUCCUGGUGGAGCUGCAGAGCAGGCUGGAAAACUGGGAGAAGCAAUUUCUGGAUUCGGCAAGAAGUUCACCUCUUUGUGGUGAAGCAGUACAACUACAAGAUAUUCACAAAAAGAUUGAAAAUUUUUGAUUUGUCCUGGAAAAACCUAUGAAGUUAUAAUCUAUAAGAAACCCUUAAAAUAGAGAGAGAGGGAGAAAAUACAUCUGGGUAUACUGCCAACCAGAACUGGAAUCACAGGACUCCAUUUGCACUAGGCCUGGUUACAUGAUCACAGUUGCACUACGCAGCUUUCCUUUAGCAAGCCAAAGAGUUGCUCAGAAGUUGGAUUUACUUUGUCCUCCCUGUUCUGGCAAGCAAACACUACCAAAGAUGUCCGGAUACUCUACUACACAUACAAGAAUGACCGCUUCUCUUCCAGGCAAAUAGGCAGCAGUGUAACAAUGCAAAGGCAAACCUCAACUAUUUCUGCAUCAAUUAAUUCAAUGGGCAUCUCAAAAAUUCAAUCCAUGUUUAGCUUCACUACUGGAGGAAUGAAAAUGUUGCAGGUGAGGAGGUUCAUAAGUUUCAAUCACGUGUCAACAUAUCUGCUUGCUCUUGGCAAAAAGGUAGCAGUGCAUUGCUUGCCAGGAUUUGUGAUUCCACGUUUCUGUAGCUACUUAGACAAACUUGACUCCCCUCUUAUCUCAGGAAUGAUAAAAAAAUAAAAAAUUAAAAUUAAAAAAAUACAGCAAAGCUAAAAAUGUAAACAAGUUAAUAUAACUUCAUAGGUUUUUCCU